CGUCUCUCACACUCCAUGGGCAUGUGUGUGCUUUGUAUGGGUGUGCUGCCCCCCUCCACCCACCCACCCCAUGUCACGCGUGGCCUUGGUCCCGUGUUCUCUGCUGCUAUAAAAUCUGGUGGCAGGCAGAGGUUCGUCAGUCAAGCCCCAGCAGCUGAGGACAUGAAGGCCUGCUGCGUGUUGGUGUUGGUCGCCGUGGCCUGCGUGCCUGCCCUGGCCCAGGAGGGCGGAGUUUACGUGGAGCCCAAGCAGGGAGAAUACGUGGAGCCGAAGCAAUCAUGUGGAGGAAAAAUGACUGUGGGCGUGGACGGGGUGGUGGUGACCAGCCCUAGCUUCCCCGACAACUACGGCAACAGGCAGAAGUGCAAUUGGAAGAUUACGGCAGAGAACCCCGACGCCUAUCUGUCCAUUUACUGCCAAGACUUCGACGUGAACUGCAGGGGAGACAAGCUGUUCGUCUACGAGGGACGCACACUGAAGGACAAGCUGUGUGGCCGCGGGGCGCGCUUCUACAGCUCCGAAGGAAACACCGUCACACUCAAGUUCCGCACCAACAAGCGCGGCACGAGACAAGGCUUCUCCUGCAUGGUGAGCUCCUCCUCCGUGAGCACGACGUCCUCCAAGGCCCCCGAGAUCACCACGCCCUCCGGCAACACCGGCUCGUGCACGUGCGGCGUGCCUAACCUCAACAGGAUCGUGGGCGGCGAGGAGGUGAGUCCGCCAAACAAGUACCCGUGGCAGGUGGGACUCAAGAUGAGCAACGGCCGCAACUACUGGUGUGGCGGCUCCAUCAUCAACGACAGGUACGUCAUGACCGCCGCCCACUGCAUCUACGGCAUGAGCGAGACAUCCAGCGGGUUGAUGGUAGGCGUGGGCGACCACAACAUGUACUCCACCAACGAUGACGUGUCGGGAGCCACGCGCCUGGUGGCCGUGGAGCGAAUCAUCCAGCACCCUGACUAUAACACACGAACCCUGGACAACGACAUUGCGCUGCUCAAGCUGUCCGAGGUGCUGGACCUCAGCCAGUACAAGGAGCUGGGCGCCGUGUGUCUGCCCGCUGACGACUCCAAGACUUACGCCGGGGAGCAGGCCACCGCCUCAGGCUGGGGCACACUCAGCUCCGGCGGCUCGCAGCCCUCAGUGCUCAACGAGGUGACUGUGCCCAUCCUGGAGCCCUCCUGCUGGGGCAUGUCCGUCACCGCCAACAUGCUGUGUGCCGGCCUCCAGGGGGGCGGCAAGGACACCUGCCAGGGAGACUCCGGCGGCCCGCUGUACGUGGAGGAAAACUCCGUGCGAGUGCAGGUCGGCAUCACCUCGUGGGGCUACGGGUGUGCUGACGCAAACAGUCCCGGGGUGUACGCCAGGGUCAGCAAGUACGUGUCCUGGAUCAAGGAAAACACUCAGGACGCCACCACCUGCCAGUAGAGGCGUCGCUCACACUCCCUCCUGACAACACGCACUGCAUACCUUUCUUGGCACAAUAAAGCGGCACCAACCUGA